CGUGAAGAGACACUUCCUCUGGAUCUCACUAUUUUUGACAAAUUUGCUCUUGGCUGCGCAGCUAAAUGUCAGCAAGUGCUGACUACAAAAAACUUGCUUCGAUAUAUGACGCAUUGGACUCUGGUGCGCAUAGGGCCGCACUCCAGACAUGCAACAAACUUUUGAAAAAAAAUCCCAAAUCUCAAAUAAUAAGGGCUCUAAAAUCCUUGGCGUUGUAUCGAAGUGGCAAGCUUCAAGAUGCUUCUCAGGAAUGUGACGAAGUUCUAAAAGAGCAUCCUACCGAUCACGACGUUCUCUCAACUCUUGCACUGACUUUGCGCCAGCUUACUCGGCACGGAGACGCAGUCAACAUGUAUGAGGAUGCGUUUAAGAAGACACCCAAUAACGAAGAACUUGGUGUACAAACGUUCUUUGCGAACAUUCGGGUCGGAAGCUGGAAGGCCGCUCAACAAAUUUCUCUAAAAUUGAGCAAAGCAUAUCUCUCGAAUUUCAGAUACGUCUUCUGGAGUGCUACGAGCGCGUACUUACAAGCUGGUGACCCAGCUACGGCGCCGGCUGUGAAACCCAUGCUUUUGACUCUGGCAUUACGGAUGCUAUCUCAAUUACCACCCACACAGGAUUCCUUAUCAUCCCCCGAAAAGCUCUCCCUUCACAUUGAGAUCCUUCUCUCCUACGAUGAGCCGAAAUUACAGGACGCAUAUGACCUUUUGUCGUCUGAACGGGGACGUUCUCUUGCCAGAUUUAGUUUGGCAAUUGAAGAGAGGCGGAGCGAGAUAUGGCUUAAGCUGAAGAAAUUCCCUGAGGAGAAAGAGUUUAGUGAGAAAAAACUUGCUUCGGGCGAUCGAAACUGGUUGACAUUCCUUUCAUACGUGCAGUCAAUUACCGGACUAUGUUCUUCCCUGGAGGACGAGCCUUCUACAAGCUUGGCAAACGAUGCUUUCUCACUCUUGUCAUCCCUUGCUUCUAAAGAUGGUGAAACAGAACGUGGCGCUCAUUUGGCUGUUCUGGAGCUUUCCACAAGCAUAAAGAAACUCAAUAAAGAUUCCAUAACCAUUCCCCAACCCUUACCAGAUGCGAUACGAGCAUAUUUCGAUCUUUUCUCAAAUAAACCUUGUUGUUUCGAGGAUUUGAAGCCUUACAUUGUUGAAUUAGUAGACGAGGAGAAGGAAGCGGUGUCUUCUUUCCUUGCUUCUCAAAAACUUUCCGUAUCAACAUCAAACGAGCUCAGGCGAACAGUCAACGUGAUAAAGUUCGUUCGAUAUAUGCAACUCGGUUCUUCAGACGAGUUGGAGGACGGCGUGAGAUAUUUCCAGAUGUAUCUGACCGCACUACCUCUCGGUCGUAACCUUCCAACUACCGAGUUACAGCCAGCGGACGAUCUCGCGUUGCUUGCAGCAAACUGCUUUGUACAAUCAUGGGCUGAUCAGGGGAAAAGAAAUUUGGCACCACUGCAUCAAGCAAUGGUAGUGCUGGAAUUCGCCUCUCAGCAUAGUGCAACGAAUUUCCAAGUUCGCCUAUUGCUAAUUCGGAUCUACAUUCUUCUUGGCGCAUACUCCCUGGCUGUACAGUACUAUAAGAAGCUUGAUAUCAAGUCGGUCCAGAACGAAACCUUGUCGCAUUUUAUUCUGUCUCGUGCCACGUCAUUUUCUUUGGCAAACAAUGGGGACCUUUCCGUUCUCGAGGAGGCGGUCUUGGCUUCUCAAAUAUAUCAAGAAAAUAUAAAUGAUACUCCAGGACUGUUGAUUAAAGUAUUCCUGAAUGAAAAGUACUCUCAGAUACCAGGUUUUAUCCUCUUUGAAGACCGACUUGACCGUUCGUUGCAAAGACAUCUCGUCAAGAUAGACCAGUUACGGAUGCGCUUGCUAGUCGAACCACCGACGCACGAGACCCUUCCAGCAGAGAUUGAGGAUCUUGAUCUAAUGCACUUUGGAGAUAUCGUUCGCCACGAUAACCGUGAUUAUUCUGUGCUGCCCCACUAUCAGCGUCGCGGUAUCUCCGUCGAGGAGCAAUUAUCGGCAGGUCCCCGACAAACGGCACAUUGGUAUUCAGUAUUCUUAAAAAUCUACCUUCGUGCCAUGAAUCGAGCCUUCGAUCCAGCUUUUUCCUCUCCGAUGCUUUUCAGCCCAUCACGCGGUGAUGGACACGACCUCACCGAAGGGGAGGCAUUACUCGAACGUUAUUCAGACGUCCUGGGGAGCUGCUUGCAUCCCCCGAGUGGAAGUGUUAAUGCGAAAGAUGUUACCGACAAGUACUUUGCAGGGUCGGGUGCCGGCGUCCGGAGCCAAGCUUUAGCAAAUGGUAAAGGGGCAAAUGGUGAUGUACCUAGUGUGGCCACCUCCGAGCGGGAUUCAGCUACUUUAGAUGACGCCCUCCAGUUAGUCGAUGAACUUACCCAGAAGGUGACGAGAAGUACAGAGGGGGAUUCGUUGCCCUGGGAAGUUUUGCAUUCAGCGACACUCGCCCAAGAGGCAUUUGUUCUCUUUGAUAUUCAAUCACAUCAAUUCGGACCAGUGGGAUGGAACGGGAAGUCAAAGAAAACCGAUCCACUGUGGUUGUCGAUCAAAGUAGCUCGGACAACCAUUUGCGAGAAACUGAAGACUCUUGCCUCAUUGCUACAAACUUACGCGACCUCCCAUGGCUCAGAAGAAACUCGAGCCAAGUUCAUUGAAGAUAGCAAUUCAUUGUAUUCUGAAGAGGAACAUGGAGAGUUGUCGGAUUUUGCUGCGACAGUUUGGAAAAACUACCUCCAUGCCCGCCAGGCAAUGUUCGAAAAUAUGAGCAACGGUUUGAGGAAUAUUGCGGAAGAGAAGCGUCCGAAUGCUUAGAUCUGGGGCAUCCGUGGGAAGCGAUACAGUGUAGAUUGCAUUUGUGAAUUAUUGCAGCAUGUUCUACUACAGGUUCACAAGGCAGAUAUGAGUGGAGAAAAGGCUGUUUCAUAAAGUUUGUCAAGCUCCGCAUAAUGACCCGAAUCAGUUGCCU